GUCCAGAUUCUGCAGGGGAGGAGUGCUGGGUCUGUGGCCCUAGCUAGACAGCAAAAUGGCAGCCACCCUGGAUCUGAAAUCCAAGGAAGAGAAGGAUGCCGAGUUGGACAAGAGGAUCGAGGCCCUUCGGCGGAAGAAUGAGGCCCUCAUCCGGCGCUACCAGGAGAUCGAGGAGGACCGGAAGAAAGCGGAACUCGAGGGAGUGGCCGUGACGGCCCCCCGGAAGGGCCGCUUGGUGGAGAAGGAGAACAUGGCGGUCGAGGUGGAGAAGAGCCUGGGACCCUCCCGGAGGUCUCCGGGGACCCCUCGGCCCUCAGGGCCCAGCAAAGGGAGCCGGACGCUCCCCCAGAGAGGAGGGCGGGCCGGGGCGGGCCGGGCAGCCCGCGGCUGGGAGGAGAGUCCUGAGGAGCGGCCUCGAGCUGGGGGCCGGGGCCGGAGGGGCCGGGGCAGGGGGGCCCCUCCCUCUGGGACCGGAGAGGCCGCCACCGCCACCGCCGACCGCAAAUCCAAGGAGUGGGAGGAGCGGCGCCGACAGAACAUCGAGAAGAUGAACGAGGAGAUGGAGAAGAUCGCAGAGUACGAGCGCAACCAGAGGGAGGGGGUGCUGGAGCCCAACCCUGUGCGGAACUUCCUGGACGACCCACGGCGGCGCAGCGGGCCCCUGGAGGAGCCGGAGCGGGACCGUCGGGAGGGCAGCCGCCGGCACGGGCGCAACUGGGGAGGCCCCGACUUCGAGCGCGUGCGCUGCGGCCUGGAGCAUGAGCGGCAGGGCCGCCGGGCUGGCCUGGGAGGCGCUGGUGACAUGACGCUGUCCAUGACGGGCCGGGAGCGGUUGGAGUACCUGCGUUGGAAGCAGGAGCGGGAGAAGAUCGACCAGGAGCGGCUGCAGCGGCACCGGAAGCCCACUGGCCAGUGGCGGCGGGAGUGGGAUGCCGAGAAGACCGACGGGAUGUUCAAGGAAAGUCCAGCCCCUGCCCUUGAACCAUCCCACCGCUAUGAUGACCAGCCCUGGGUCCGACCCCCCAAACCUCCCACUUUCGGGGAGUUCCUGUCCCAGCACAAAGCUGAGAUCGGCAGCCGCAGGCGGAGAAAGAGCAGCCGGCCCCAGGCCAAGGCAGCCCCCCGGGCCUACAGCGACCACGAUGACCGCUGGGAGACCAAGGAAACGGCGUCUCCGGCCCCCGAGCCCCCCCAGGCCACUGCCCCCGAGGAGCGACCUUCCUCAUGUCCCCCGCAGCCACCCGAGGUCCCGGCCCCUGCCCUCCAUCCUCCCGAGGAUGAGGGGGACCGGGGAGACGGGGAGGAUGAGGAGGACGGGGAGUGGGAGGACAUAAGUGAGGAGGAGAUGGAAGAGGAAGAAGACCCUGCUGAGGAGGAGGAGGGGGAGCACGGCCCCCAGGAGGCCGACCCUGCCGGCCACCCCGCCAAUGAGCCAGCCAACCCCGCGCCUUCCCAGGAGCCCCUGCUGCUGGCCCAGGCCCCUGCCACGCCCACAAGCCCCUUCUCGCCCCCCGGGGGUCACCAGCCUGUGUCUGACUGGGGUGAAGAGAUGGAGUUGAACUCCCCUCGGACCACUCACCCGGCCAACGCCCCGUCUCCGGGUGAGGCCUGGCCUUUCCGGGAUGCAUGA